AAAAAACAUAAUAGACCAAAUUUAUGUGAUAUUUAUGUGGUCUCUUCUUCAGCUCAAGUUCUUGUUGAACGUUAGAGACACUGAGAUGAGCAGUUUCCUUGUUGCGAUGGGAGAUGUUUCUCUGAGGAAGACUGGAGUUGAGGAGAAGAGGGAUAAAGCAAAGAAGGAGUCUGAUGUGCUGCUUGAGUAUACGAGGAAAGCGAUUCAGAGGCUGACGUAUUUGAAGAAAAUCCUUGCGCAGCUAGAAGAAGAUGUGGUCCCUUGUGAGUCACAGAUGGAGAAUUGGAAAACGAAUUUGGAAGUAAUGGCGGCUAAGGAGGAUCAGUAUAUACAGCAGUACAAGAAGUAUGAGGACAAAGCUCUGGCUGCACUAGCAAUCGAGGACAAGAAGAGACAGUUUGCAGCCGCGGAGAAGUAUUUAGAAGAAGUAUUACAAUCUGCCCUUGAGACAAACGAUGAGUGAUCGGUGUAAAAAAGAAGGAUAUUCUGUUUUUGAGUGUAAAUGAGCAAAUGCAUAACUCUGUGUACGUUUUGUGUGUGCUUCUAAGUCCAAAAAGGAAGGUGAUUGUACUCAGAGAUCAUAUGAUAUCUAUCUAUGGUGUCUUCUUUGAUUCGAUAUAAAUAGAAAUAUUUGUUCUGAAAACCUUUGCCUUUUAGUUGUCAUACCGUAAGAGACACGCUAAAGAGAGAAACCAAAAAAACGUUAGGUAAUGAAUGAACUAGAGGGUACCACAGGAGGUUUCAGAUGUUAUUUUAAUCACUCCUUGCAUACAAGUUUGGUUCAUUGUGAACUGGGUAAAGCUUUCAAAGAGUUAAUAUGAGUUAACAAAAUUGAAUGUUUUUUUUUCACCUGAUUAAACAAAAUUGAAUGUUUAUAUCACAAUAAUUGAUUUUUAAACUGAUAUUAAAGACUUCACUGUAUACAUAUUGUCAAACAAAAAAAUAAUUUAAUUUUACACAUUACAAAGAGGCAAAUCUCCCACAAAAUUUAUAAACUACUCUUGAAAGCAUAUUUUAAAUGUUUUAAUGAUUUUAACAUUUAUCAUUAUUAUUUUUCUCUAUUCUUUUAUUCUCAUGUUCUAUUUUCUGGCUAGAUAAUACAGCCAAGAAAAUGUUUUAUUGGCCAUGGUAUGAAAGGAACACUGACCGAAAACACUAGAUCGGAUUGAUUGGCCAUUGUAGAGAUGACACUGACACUCCCAUAAAUAUUGGCUUUUCUACUUUUUUAUUUGUUUCUCUCUUUUUCUUCCUUCAUAAUUAUUUAUAUCUAUGUGUGUGUUUUAUAUGAUGUUUCCUCAUGUAAUGUCUCAAUCUCGUUCGUGUUAAUCUUUACACCAUAAUAGAUUUGAUGUUUCAAAUUUUAAGUUAGUGAUGAUAAACUGAUUGCUUACAUUCUAAGUUUCCCAAUCAAUUCACAUGCUCAUUAUUAAAGUUCUUAAACCUAACUUUUAUUAAUGGAUAGAUACAUAAAAAUAUGUUGGAUGUUUUCCUUGCAAUCUUCCCUAGUUAAAUUAUGUUUAAAGAAAAAGGUUGAGCGAUAUUCGUUCCAAUAAACGUUUGUAGUUUCAAUGGUUUUAUCUGAUAUAUACAUAUAUACAUACAUGCAUGAAGCAUGAUAAAAUCUUUUAAAUAUAUUAGCCUCAUAAACAAUUAAACAAAGUGUUCUUUUUCUCUACCAAUGGUAACUUAUGUUUCUUUAAUUUAUAGUUUUCAUAUAUUAAAAAUGAAAGGUAUUGGACAACCGAUAGCAUUGGUUCAAUGGGUUGAAGAUCCCAAAUUUACUAGAAGAAUUACAGUUUGUCUCCCACCAUAACAUUGUAAACAAAUCAUUUCAAAAAGGCAUUGUAAAUAAAAAUAUAUAAUCUUCUAUUCCUACUUUUGAAAAUAUGAUUAAAUAAGAACUGGAGGAUAGCUUUACCAACAAUUAUUUUUCUAAUGGUACAAAUUACUUUCUUAUAUAUAUUUGUUUUAUGAUCAACAAGUCCCAAAAAAUAAAGAAGUGAUAAAUACAAGGGAUAUUCCAUGUGGAAUUGCAUACCAUCUCAUAC